AUGGUUGAACCUACGGAACAUCUACUUGCGCUGAAAGUGAUGCGCCUCAUACGGCCCACCUUGAUCAGCCCUCAGAUAUUGACGGCCGAACCGAAGGAUGUGCCGCAGUAUUCUUUCCAGAAGAUAUUGCACAGCGAUGCCACAUCGGUGGCCGGCUGUGAAACGAUCGCUGCCGGGCAGUUUAUGCUGUUGCCCCAAAGCUUCGGAAAUAUUUACCUGGGAGAAACGUUCUCGAGCUAUGUAUGUGUGCACAACUGUCGGGCACACCCCGUCUCGAACGUAUCGGUAAAGGCCGAUCUACAGUCGAACAAUAGCCGUGUAAGCCUUCCGAUUCAUGCCGACAAGACGGGCCCAGUAACGUUGAAUCCGGAGGAAACGCUGGACGAUGUGAUUCACCACGAGGUGAAAGAGAUUGGAACGCACAUAUUGGUCUGCGAAGUUUCGUAUAUGACACCGGCCGGAUUGGAAACAUCGUUCCGGAAGUUCUUUAAGUUCCAGGUCGUCAAACCACUGGACGUGAAGACAAAGUUUUACAAUGCCGAAACGGACGACGUUUAUCUGGAGGCACAGAUACAGAACAUCACCGUGGGGCCAAUCUGUCUCGAGAAGGUUGAGCUGGAAAGUUCCGAACAGUAUACGGUAAUUUCGCUGAACACACUGCCAACGGGUGAGUCGGUGUUUUCGUCAAAAACGAUGCUGCAACCACAGAAUAGUUGCCAAUUUCUGUACUGCAUUCGACCGAUACCGGAAAUUGCGUGUGAUCCGAGCGCAUUAAAAGCGGCCAACAAUAUCGGCAAGUUGGACAUUGUGUGGCGUUCCAAUUUGGGAGAAAGAGGACGUCUGCAAACCAGUCAACUACAGCGCUGUGCACUGGAAUACAGUGAUCUUCGGCUGAAUGUGAUCGAAGCAAACAGCACCGUACGUAUUGGGGAAGGAUUCAAUUUCCGGUGCCGGGUGACAAACACUAGCGAACGAUCGAUGGAUCUGCUGAUGAGCCUCAACACGAAAGCCAAACCGGGCUGUGGUUAUACCGGUGUGACGGAAUUUGCACUUGGUCCGAUCGAACCGGGACAGAUGAAAGAAUUCCCACUGACCGUAUGUCCGGUGCGUUUGGGAUUGAUUGUGGUUUCUGCACUGCAGCUAACGGACGUGUUUACGAAGCGCAAGUACGAGUUUGAUAACUUUCUGCAGGUGUUUGUGGUGGACGAGGAUUAUCGGGAGGAUAGCUUUCAGCCGGACAAGUACGUACGGUACAAUAGCAGCAUCACCGGCACCGGUAGUAGUAAAAUCAUUCCACAAACGGUCUAG